UCGCACUUUUGCCCCGUGAGUGACGUCAUGAGGUCUUUACUGAACAUGGACGUCAACACGUCACCUAACUACACUCAGGUAGGUGGUGAAAAUACCACAUCACUUCCAGACAUGCCGACCACACAGAUCACAGACUUUGCAUUCGUUAUAUAUGUCGUGUUGCUGCCGACGGUGGCGCUGCUCGGCAUGGUCGGAAACGUCCUUACAAUGGUCGUACUUUGGAGCAAGCGCAUGCAGUCAACAACAACGCUCUUUCUCCGUGGCCUCGUUCUCACUGAUGUAGGUGUCAUUGUGGUCCUUACGAUGGCCAUCACCCCGCUUGCAGUGGGCAUGCACGGCCGUACACUUCAGGUAUAUGUUCACGUGAUAUACCCGCAUCUAUACGGGCCGUUCGACUUCCUUGCGAUGUCGGUGCAGCAGUGUAAUGUGUGGAUCCUCGUAUCCGUGUCGGUGGAGCGUUAUAUCGCAGUGUGCCACCCACUCAAAGCCGCCUACUACCGCACGCGCAGAAAGACAAUCAUCACUCUCGUGUUGCUCACGGUCUCGUCCGCUGUGUACAACGUUCCACGACUAUUUGGUACAGUGGCACUUCCUACCCAGUGCGACCUACCCGAGUUAGAACAGUUAACGUGCUAUAGAAUCGAUCUCACAGAACUCGGAAAGAAUGUCUUCUACAAGGAUGUGUACAAGGUGUGGAUGUACGCCAUUGUUAUUUAUCUACUUCCACUCAUAACAAUGUCAGUCAUUAACGUCCUCAUCAUCCGGGAACUAAUACGCAUGCGUUCCCGGCGGCGAGAUUUGGCCAUCUAUUGUCAGCAGCAGCAGAAGGAGGACAACGUGACGUUGGUCCUCGUCCUCAUUAUGACGGUCUUCAUUCUCUGCCAGACGCUUGCGUUCUUUAAUCAGAUAGAUGCUUUAUUCGACGACAAAAUAAUGCAGGAGAACUACAUCGCUGUCAUCAGCUUCCUGUAUGUGGUGAACUCGUCUGUCAACUUCCUAAUCUAUGUGCUUGUUGGUAAAAAAUUCCGCCAUGUUCUGUUCGCCCUCUGUCGGCGAUAUCGGCGGAGAUCAAAGUUCUGUCCAGCACGGAAUGGUUCCAACCAUAGCCUCGAGAACACCAUGGUAACGGAAUUCCCCCAUACAGCACUUUCCUGAUCGGGAGAAUUCAUCGUUUUAUCCUGGAUAUACACUGAUUCCUUGCGCGUGGUGUUGUACAUGUUAUGAUGGGUAAUUGUGUAAUUAUUCGUUUCAUGUUUGUCAACCUAUACUUAAGCUUGUGACGUCAUGUACAUGUGGCCGUAAUAAGUAAAAGAAACUUUCUAUUGUGGAAUUCCAUGUCUUUUCCGGUAAAAAAAUCUGCAGCGGGCAUUCACUGUGAUUUUCAAACACGUGUUGGUCUGUAAUAUUUUAGCCUCGUUCACGUGAUAAAGCUGUUCACGUGUAUAUAUGAGACACACCCAUUCACAUGUAAUAGUUGAUGUGUGAAUACCAGAGUUUACAGUUUAAAAACAAAAAAGAUGCACGUAUGUCGCCAAUGCUGACAGGAAACGAAAUGUCAAAUCAACAGUGACGUCAUCAAGACACGCGCAAACUAUAACCUCAGGCUUCAGUUCAAACUCACUCAGGCAAUGACUUAUGUAUUUCUAUGGUUACGUGUGAGGAUUCUUAAAACAGAUGUAUUUGUCAUAAAUCGGACAUUGCUAUUGAUGCACACGCUUGUGAUAUUGUGACGGGUACUACGGAACCAUUAAUCAGCAUCGCAUCCAGUGUACUGGAUGUACUGGUCUCAAAAAUCAUUGUUCGGGAAUGUUGAAUCUAUAAACUGAUAACUGUAUAGGUAUGUUAUACUAUUUCUUAAUGUGUAUAAACCAAUAAAAAAAU